UAAUUUUGUUGACGUUUCCCCUCCAGGUCUUAUAGAACUCAAUGGUUCUGGUAUUUGUGGUUGUAUAUGCCAGAAAAUGGAUGCGAUACAUAUAUCUCAUGAAACAUCAAUUGUGAAUAUAGAGGACAUAAUCUCGGCCGCAGAAGUAAAAGAUGAACAGAAAUUUAAAUCAACAGAAGUAAAUAAAUUGAUCGAACCUCAAUUUGAUGUUAGAAACCUUUUAUUAACUGACAUAAAUAUUGUGGAAAAAAGUAGCUUCAAAAACAAGAAAGAUGAAAUUCUACGUGACAAUGCUCGUGACAACACGCAAUUUCUUUUGAAUUGCAUCUGGAAGCUGCCAGUUGAAAAGUGUGACAAUGUUGUUUUGGUACAGCUUCCAGAAGCAACAACUGUUCUUCCACGAGAAAAGCAGAUUCCCAAACCAAAGCCAUUAACGAAAUGGCAAGAGUUUGCAAAAAAAAAGGGAUAUCGGAAACGCGGAAGGAUGCUUUAUGAUACGACGACCAAAUCAUGGCAGCCACGCUGGGGAUUUAAACGUGCAAAAGAUGACACAAAAGAAUGGCUAAUAGAAGUGCCUGCCAAUGCAAAUCCUUAUGAAGACCAGUUUUUAAAACGUGAAAAAGACAAAAAAGAACGAGUGGCGAAGAACAAAUAUCAAUGUCUGAGAAACAUGAGUCGUUCUCAGAAAUUUAACAAAUCAACUUCAGAUUUAACGCCUGCAGAGAAACCGUCGCGAAGCCAGAUAAAAGCUUCUAUCAACGCUGCUCGGCUUUCUACAGCAUCAUUGGGAAAGUUUACUCCGUCCUUGAAAAACGAGAAGUCACCAAAGACAAGUGGAACGAAGAGAAAGGAACUGUGAAUGGUUGUCUUCGACUGUUGUAUUGCUAUUUCGCUAGUUUUGUACGCUUUAUUAUUCUUAUUUUGUUGUCUUGCUUCGUAGACUUUUAGUUAUCUUUGUGCUGGGAUUUAUGUAUCAUUAUAUUUAUUUUACAAUUGUGUAAUUAAAAAUACUUCAUAUGCCUUGUUUCAUUGGUACUAUA